CUUCUGAUAUCGGAUCUAUCGUUCUUCGAUAGGUCGAGACAAGACAUAACACCGAUAUAGAAACGUGUUGGCUUUGAAAUUACAUAGAUUACAUCGGUAUUUUCGAAAUGGGCAACGUGCUAGCGGCUUCCUCCGGCGCCCCAGGCAGUGGCGUCUCAAAUUUGGGUCUCGGCCUCCCGGAACCGGCUGCCCUGCCCUCCGACUCCGGCUCCCUAUCCGAAUCUUCUUCGUCUGCCGGAGGCUCGGAUUCCUUUGCCGCCUCCAAGGAUGCCCCACUGGAGAAUCCCGGCACCGUCGAGGAGCUUCACAAAAAGUGCAAAGAUAUACAGGCCAUCACCUUCGAGGGCGCCAAGAUCAUGCUGAACAAGGGGCUGAGCAACCAUUUCCAGGUUUCGCACACCAUCAACAUGAGCAAUGUGGUACCCAGUGGAUACCGAUUCGGGGCCACCUACGUGGGCACCAAGCAAUACAGCCCCACGGAAGCCUUCCCCGUGCUCCUGGGCGACAUCGACCCGUCGGGCAACCUCAACGCCAAUAUUAUUCACCAGUUUUCCGCCCGUCUGCGCUGCAAGUUCGCCUCCCAGAUCCAGGAUUCCAAGAUGGUGGCCUCGCAGCUGACGACCGACUAUCGCGGCAGUGACUACACCGCCUCCUUGACGGUGGCGAAUCCCAGCAUAUUCACCAACUCCGGCGUGGUCGUUGGCCAAUAUCUGCAGUCAGUCACUCCAGCCCUCGCCCUGGGCGCCGAAUUGGCCUACCAGUUCGGCCCAAAUGUCCCCGGCCGUCAGAUAGCCAUUGUGUCCGCCGUGGGCCGCUAUUCGGUCGGCAACUCGGUGUGGUCGGGGACCCUGGGCCAGAGCGGCCUGCACGUGUGCUACUACCAGAAGGCCAGCGACCAGCUGCAGAUCGGUGUCGAGGUGGAGACCAGCCUGCGCAUGCAGGAGUCGGUGGCCACGUUGGCUUACCAGAUCGAUUUGCCCAAGGCGGAUCUGGUUUUCAGAGGCGGAAUUGAUUCCAAUUGGCACAUCUCCGGAGUUUUGGAGAAGCGCCUGACCCCAUUGCCAUUCACGCUAGCCCUGAGCGGACGCAUGAACCACGUCAAGAACAACUUUAGACUCGGCUGCGGGCUGAUGAUCGGCUAGGCGAAAUCCUUGCGCAGCCAAUCCCCACUUCAGCCUCAGACCCCCAGCACACACACAUCCAUUGUAACUUUUUCACAUCAUCCGCUAACAACAAGAACAACAACAAACAAAGAGAUAUAUAAAUCUGCUAGCAAACGUUUUUUAUGAUGAUCUGUCGAUUGUGUGUAUAAAAAAUGCCUUGCAUCACGAAAAAGGCGGCCAGCAGGGAUCUGGAAUCCUAUGGAAUGGCUUUUAUUCUUUGAUCCAUUAUGUUACCAGUGUGCCACUGUUCGUCGUCCGUUGUUAAUCGCUAAUUUUCCCCACUGACAGAGUCAUAAAUGCGGAGUUCAAAAUACAAGAGAGAAAAAUAUUCCACAAUUAUUAUAAAUUUCUGCACUAAACACACAAAGCAACACAACCACACACACACAUCCAAAACUACAACAAGAAACUGUCACUGUACUCUUUAAGUUGUUUCCUAAACGUACGCAUUUAUUUAGAACAACCAGCUAUUUCCUCAAAGCAAAAACAUUAAAUGAAAAACAAUAAGCAGAGACAAACAAUAAAUGCGUAUGAAAUGUAUGUUACGAACUAUUAAAUUGGUAACAAACUGCUUUAAGUUUAUAAUUUAUAAAUUUACAAUUAGUUCUAAUAACAAAUUCUUUGUUAAAUCAACUUUAACUACCUUUAUCGCGUGCAAGAAUUAGGCAGAAUUAAAAAAUAGAGACGGCGCCGAAAUGUUGUGAGGGAAUAUAAAACCAAACAAAUCAAACUCCCUAAAAAAUUAAAAACCCAAACAAUAUGUUAAACAUGUGAAAUAUUAAACUUACAUUGUAAUUUACCCGUUCCCAAACAAGAACCAUAAAAACAA